CUAGGUGCAGAAAACCGACUCCUCUCACCUCUUCCCGGCCCACACCGGAUUCCAGCUAUUCCCUUUCAACGGCUCCCGCUGUGACGUGCCGACCAAAGAAGUUUGGAGAUGGGCAAGCCAAAGAUUUCCGAGGAGGAAUUGGAGGAGGAACAGAAGGUGGGGAAGAAGGAUCAGGAAAUUUUGGGCCAGACGGCGGCUUUGGCAGCGGCCGAAGCAAGAGAAUGCGCCGACGAGCUCUUCGUCCCGCCGCUGAAUUUCGCCAUGGUGGACGACGGCGUCUUCCGCUCGGGCUUCCCGGAUACCUCCAAUUUCGGCUUCUUGAAAGCCCUGAAACUCCGCUCCAUCAUAUAUCUUUGUCCGGAGCCGUAUCCGGAGGCGAACGAAGAGUUUCUUAAGUCGAACGGGAUCAGGCUGUUCCAGUUUGGGAUUGAUGGUUGCAAGGAACCUUUUGUCAACAUUCCUGAGGAUACAAUUCUAGAGGCUCUCAAAGUUGUACUAGAUGUCCAGAACCACCCGCUGCUUAUUCAUUGUAAACGAGGAAAGCAUCGAACUGGUUGUGUGGUAGGAUGUUUGAGGAAACUGCAGAGGUGGUGCUUGACAUCAGUGUUUGACGAGUACCAGCAUUUUGCCGCUGCCAAAGCAAGGAUUUCUGAUCAGAGGUUUAUGGAGUUAUUUGACAUUUCGAGCUUGAAACAUUUAUCAACUUCAUAUACAGGUUUGAAGAAAUCAUCAGUUGCCUGAGAAGGCCAGCAUUCCUUAAUUGCGAGGAAAUCUAGGUUACUCUUUCUGUUGGUAGAGAAUAUUGCGGCAUCUGAAUGAGUCAUUAGAAUCCUUCUAUUGAAAAUUAGAGCAUUAUGUAUUCUAAGGAAUCGUAUUAGUUGCAUGCAGGUUCCAUUCAAAGUGCUUUUUAUUCUCAAUGCACUAACUAGUAUGGUCUGGACAAUCAGCUGUAGAGAUUUAAGGGAAAAUUGCAGGAGGUAUACUUUUUGGAGAUCUCUUGCAAAUUAUUUUUCUUGACUGAAAGAUGUAUCCAAGUUGGAAUGAAUUUAAUCAUGCCUGUUUCGAAUUCUUCA